AACCGCCUUCCCAUUUUGCGCUUACUUUCGGCCUGUUUUAUCACGUUGCAGUUUCAGCGUAGUUUUCUUGUAAAUAUAUUUAUUUUUAAGGAGCUACUUGGGCCUUAAGCAGCGAUGGCAAAGGUUCCGGCAAUUGGUAUUGAUCUUGGCACAACGUACUCCUGCGUUGGUGUUUUCCAGCAUGGAAAAGUUGAAAUCAUUGCCAACGAUCAGGGAAAUCGUACAACUCCCAGCUACGUGGCUUUCACAGAUACUGAACGCCUCAUCGGAGAUGCCGCCAAAAACCAAGUGGCGAUGAACCCAAACAACACUGUUUUCGAUGCAAAACGGUUGAUCGGUCGGCGAUUUGAGGACCCUGCUGUACAGUCAGACAUGAAGCACUGGCCAUUUGAUGUCAUCAGCGAUGGUGGAAAGCCCAAAAUCCAGGUCGACUACAAGGGCGAGACUAAGACCUUUUACCCCGAGGAGAUUUCCUCAAUGGUCCUUACAAAAAUGAAGGAAAUUGCUGAAGCAUACCUUGGCAAGACAGUCACAAAUGCUGUAGUUACCGUGCCAGCCUAUUUCAACGACUCUCAGCGUCAAGCAACAAAGGAUGCUGGUACCAUUGCUGGCAUGAAUGUCCUUCGAAUUAUCAACGAGCCAACUGCAGCCGCCAUUGCGUAUGGUCUUGACAAAAAGGGAACUGGAGAGAGAAAUGUCCUUAUCUUCGAUCUUGGUGGAGGAACUUUUGAUGUGUCCAUUCUUACAAUCGAAGAUGGGAUUUUCGAAGUCAAAUCUACAGCAGGUGAUACCCACUUGGGUGGUGAGGACUUCGACAACCGUAUGGUGAACCAUUUUGUUCAAGAAUUCAAACGCAAACACAAGAAGGACCUCACAGUCAACAAGCGUGCUGUACGUCGGCUGCGAACAGCAUGUGAAAGGGCAAAGAGGACUCUUUCCUCAAGUACACAAGCAAGCAUCGAAAUCGACUCCUUGUUUGAAGGCAUUGACUUCUAUUCCACAAUUACCCGAGCUCGAUUCGAGGAACUGAACGCCGACCUUUUCCGUGGAACCUUGGAGCCUGUUGAGAAAUCCCUGCGAGAUGCUAAGCUCGAUAAGUCUGCAGUUCAUGACAUCGUUCUUGUUGGGGGCUCCACUCGUAUUCCAAAGAUCCAGAAGCUCCUGCAAGAUUUCUUCAAUGGAAAGGAACUGAACAAGUCCAUCAACCCAGAUGAGGCUGUUGCAUAUGGUGCAGCAGUACAGGCAGCCAUCCUAAUUGGCGACAAGUCUGAGCAAGUCCAGGAUCUUCUGCUUUUGGACGUCACUCCUCUGUCCCUGGGUAUUGAGACCGCCGGUGGCGUAAUGACUGUCCUCAUAAAGCGCAAUACCACCAUUCCAACGCGACAAACCCAAACCUUCACCACAUAUUCUGAUAACCAGCCAGGAGUGUUGAUCCAAGUAUUUGAAGGCGAGCGAGCCAUGACCAAGGACAACAACCUCCUCGGCAAGUUCGAGUUGACCGGCAUUCCACCCGCACCUCGUGGAGUUCCUCAGAUUGAAGUCACCUUCGACAUCGAUGCUAACGGCAUCCUGAAUGUGUCUGCUGUGGACAAGAGCACGGGCAAGGAGAACAAGAUCACCAUCACAAAUGACAAGGGUCGUCUCUCCAAGGAAGAGAUUGAGAGAAUGGUAAAGGAUGCAGAGAAGUACAGGGAUGAAGAUGACAAGCAGAAGACUCGUAUCUCUGCCAAGAACUCCCUGGAAAGCUAUGCUUUCAACAUGAAGUCAACAGUGGAGGACGAGAAGUUGAAGGACAAGCUCACAGAGGAUGACAAGAAGAAAAUCUUGGACAAGGUACAGGAUACCAUCAAGUGGUUGGAUGCCAACCAGCUUGCGGAGAAGGAUGAAUACGAGCAUCGCCAGAAGGAGCUGGAGCAAGUGUGCAACCCAAUCAUCACCAAAUUGUACCAGGCUGGUGGUAUGCCAGCUGGAGGCUUCCCUGGUGCUGGUGGAGCUCCAGGAGCUGGAGCUGCACCUGGUGGAGGCAGUGGUGGACCAACAAUUGAGGAAGUUGACUAAGGACAGUUUUUGCUGUGAUGCGUGUUCUAGUUCGCUGUUUCUGUGAAUAAAAAUGUUCUUACCUGAUAACCUUCA